AUGCGGCGGAGAGCUGGUGGGACUUGGGAGGAUUUACAGGUUUGCGAUGACGCGACAGAGGACUACUUCCGGGAAGCUCCACAUGUCGAGGAGAGUGUUCAUGGAGAUCAGCGAAGCAUGUGCGCCUCAUGUGCAGCGGCAGGUGAUGUUUUACAGGGAGCCACUACAGCCGGAGCAGAUCGUCGCAUACGCGCUGUAUAGGUGGGCCACAGGAGAGUCUUACGAUAACAGCACAUCAUCCUUCAGCAUGGGCAGGACUUCCGGAGUUCGAGCCGUGCGCGAUGUGACAGCCGCUAUUUUGAGGGUGUACGGGGAGAAGAUAUCGUGGCCGACGGGGGUGCGGAAAGAAGUCGUGCUAAGGGCCUUUAUGGACAAGGGCUUUCCAAAUUGCCAUGGCGUAGUUGACUGCACACACAUCUACGUGGACAAACCGGCGAACGCGCCUAGCGAGAACUACUUCGACCGCAAGCACCGUUUUUCCGUCAUUGUGCAGGUUGUGGUGGACCUGGAUCUGCGCAUCCUUGAUGUGUUCGUUGGAUAUCCGGGUAGCUGCCACGACAUUAGGGUGAUCCAGCUGUCAAGUUUGUUGAGGUGCGCGGAAGAGAGAUUGUUGUUUCGUGGGCCGCCUGUGACGCUGCCGAGAGGGGUGACGACGAACGGAUACAUCUUGGGCGACAACGGGUAUCCUCCUUCUGAGUGGGUGAUGGUGCUGUAUGGAGGAAUCAAUCAGCACCCGGACGAGGAAAGGUUCGACACGAAACAGAAGGUCGCAAGAGGGGCCGUGGGGAGGGCGUUCAGAAGGUUGAAAGGGAUGUGGAGGCUCUUCCUGCGGACGCACAAGACGAACCUCGACAGUCUGCCGCAGCAGUUCACAGCGGUAUGCAUUCUCCACAACAUCCUGCUCGAUGCAGGAAUCGAGUUCGACGAGAAUUUGUUGUGGGAGGUCGACGCGAACGGGGUGAGGCGGCGAGUGGACUUGGGGAUUCAUCGCCCCCCGCAGCCAGUGUCCAUGUUGACUUCGACGCGCGAGGCUCAUGCGCUCCGCAAUGCACUGGUGGAGCGGAUGAAACACGUUUGAUCAACCCAUCCGCCUACCUGUUCGUCCCGUUGAAGUCGCGUCCCGCCAUAG